CAGCAGCAAGUGGUCCAAUGCUGUUAUAGAGCCUAUUUUUGUUCGGUUUAUUUUAUGUUGUUUAUAUUUAAAUACUGAAUUAAAUUGUACGGGUAGCCUCGGGUUUAGAUGAAAGUUUAAUUUGCCCUUGUUGUUUUAAAGUUGUAAUAUUUAAACAUCUGUUCUGAAAACUUUUUUUUCUUGCUUUUGAAUAUAGGACAGCAAGCCAGACCAAAAUCCAAAUCUCAGGUUGAAUAAGGCAUUUCUGUCAGAUAACGCACAGCAUGAAAUAUGUAAAGAGGGAAACUCGGCAGAGUCGGAGCUGACCAGCGAUAUGGUGUUACUCUGGUCUGGAGAGGACGACAACGACGUCACGCCGACGGGGUCUCACAGCCCGGUCUUCCCAGAGGAGAGACCUCUUCAUCAGGCAGAAAGUGAGACCGCCCCCCCGAACCAUGUGACCGCAGCUUCUCCAGGGACGAACAGCAGACCUUCUACCUCUCCCACAUCAAGCGACCGUCAGCAGCUUGUAGCCACAGAGCGACGUUUACAGCCAAUCAGCAGUGAGCCUGCAGAGGGGCCGACAGUGAGCUACUACUGGGGGGUUCCCUUCUGUCCACGAGGCCUGGACCCAGACAAAUACACACAGGUGAUCAUGGCUCAGAUGGAGGUUUAUGAGAAGAGUCUGAAGCAGGCGCAGAGGUUCCUGCUGAGGAAGGCCGAGUGGGGGGGGGCCGUCCUGCCGCAGCCGGAGAAAUCCUCUUCACCGGAGUCAGCUCCUGAAUCACCUCCACAGCCGGUUCAACGAAGGAGUGGCCUCAGACUAAAAGGUAUAAAAGUGUUUGAAGAAGACGAUUUCUGUCCAGCCGAGGCAGAGGAGGAUGAUGAAGAGAAGCAGCAGCAGCAGGAGGAGGAAGGAGAAAGUAAAGAAGAAGAGAAGGAGGAGGAGGAGAAGGCAGCAGAAGGAGGACAUGUAGACACUGAUGAGGACUGUGAGGUUUGUCCAGAAAUCCAGCUGAGUGGCAACGAUGACGACAGCACACAAGAUCUGAUGAUGGGAACUAGCGCUGGGGCAGCGUCUGAGUGUAAAAUGAGUCCAGAGCGGCCGGAGGUCGAGGUGAUUCUCCAGGUGGAUUCUCCAGCCGAGGCUGAGCGGCAGGAGGAGAUGGAGGUGGAAGCCCCAGUGGACAAAAAGACAAACGUCCCUGUUAGCAGUGAUGUUGGAGGACAGCAUGAAAAGAGGACAGAGGAGCUGGAUCCAGAUGUGAAGGAGAUAAAAUAUCGGGUGCUUCAAAGGUCGUCGUCUCCUGAACUAGAACCUGAAGACAGAGUGGACUGUCCCAUCUGUCAGAGCUCCUUCCCGCUGACGCAGAUCGAGAGACACGCUGCGUACUGCGACGGAGAGGAGGGCGCGAGAAAGCCGGAAAAAGACUGUUUCCAAGUGUCAUUGAAGCCUCGUAGGAAGAGACCAAGGUUAGCCGAGGCGAGUUCUGCAGAGACCGGCGAACCCUCCAACAGUGGCAAGAUCCAAGAGAAAUGUUACAUCUGUCAGAAAGCUGUUCCCCUGAGAGACUACAGCCGACACACAGAGCUCUGCAUCCAGAGGCAAUCCUCAAAUUGUCAAUCCAAUGCAGCCAAGGGAAAUCUGCUGUCGGCUCUGGAGAAAACAGAGAGUAGAUAUUCAGAGGCCGUGCCGUCUGGAUCCAAACUCCCACAGAGAGAAGUCAUAGACCUGCGGGAUGAUGAUGAUGAAGAGGAGGAGGGUGACAGUGUUUCAGUGCUCAGGAUCAGUAACUCUCCCAUCAGAUCCUUCACUCCCAUCUCAGAGGCCACCGACUGCCUUAUCGACUUCAAAAAACAGUAUCGAGGGAAGAAGCCGCGCCAAAGAAGAAAAUGAGGAUGACCUGACUGAAAAAACUGGAAACCAGAGCCUUAACUUAAAACCCAUCAGGUUGGACGUGACAUUACGACUUCCUGAUGUUACAUAUUUAUGCCGGUAACUGAAUACAAACUGAGCAUUUGGAGGACUGAUUGUUUUUGUGCCACUAAAUGUUACGUUUGUUAUUUUAAAGGUGAUUCAGACUACCUCUUUAUGAAUUGAAAUAUUUCCCUUUGAGUUAUUUUGUACGAGUGGCUGUCUUGACAGUAUGAUUAUUGACUACAGCAUCAUGUCUAAACCCCCGGAGUGUCAAUCAGAUACAUAAAAACAUGAUACUGGAUUUCAACUUUGAAUAUGAAACUAAAUAAUUGAUUGUAUUCUUUGUUUCACCACUUUAGUCAAAAUAUCUCAACAACGAUUAGAUGGACUGCCAUUAAACUUGUAAAUGUUCUCCACAAGAUGAAUCCUACUAUUGAUGAUCUUCUGAAGUUUUCUCCAGUGCCACCUGCAGGUCAAACACUCAAGUUUAUGCCAGGAAAAUGCAGCACAACAUUCAACAUAUUGGCAUGCUGUUGUUAGCACGUAAAGUUACUAAAUUGUAAUCCACCUAAUAUUAAAUGUUACAAAUUA